AUAAUGUUUUUAUUCUUCUAGAUGUAACAUGGCUCCUGGGAAGUCUAAAGUUGAUAAUCCUGGGAUAACGGAGAUAUUUACAAAGUUCUACUGCAACUACUGUCAGGACGAGUUGAACGGCUUAAGAGUGAGUUGUGCAGUUUGUGCAGACUUUGAUCUCUGUCCGGACUGUUUUGCUUGUGGAGCUGAGAUAGGUUCACACAAGAAUAAUCAUAAAUAUUAUUUCUCCAAUAAUGGAAACUUUUCAAUAUUCCCGAAAUCUCCCUGUAACGAGGAUAAAGUCAGACGAAGAGCAAGCCUGGUGCAGGAGGUUGAGCUGGAUGAGUGGAAUGUCCGGGAGGAUCAUCUUCUCCUGGACGCUGUUGAGAUGUUUGGUUACGGGAACUGGAAGGAUAUUGCUCGACAUGUCGAGAGUAAAAAUGAGUUCCAGGUCAAGGAGAGGUAUAUCAAGAGAUAUAUCAACGGAGCUAUCGGAACCCACACCUGGUCGGAGGAACUAAGAGGAAUGGCAACGGAUCACACUCAGAACUCUGACAGAGGUCCUCUUUCUCCCACACUGACGGGAAAACUUCCUCCGAUCAAUGUUGCACCCCAGGAAGCGCUAAUACUGGGGUACAUGCCGAAUCGAGAUGAUUUCGAGGAUUUCGACAAGAGCAACGAGGGGUUGGUUUCCCAAAUCGGAGUCAAAUCCGUCGAGGAUGAAGAUAUUGAUGUCGCCCUCAAACUGGCUCAUGUAGAUAUGUAUGAAAGAUUACUGAGAGAGGAGGUACGAAGAAAGCGAGUUGCUCGUGAUUAUCAGCUAGUAUCCACAUACUUCAAGGAAAACCCAUUAAUUCCCUUCGGUGUAAAGAUAUCUCCACUGAAAAUGGCGAGCAUGUUGAAAAUGAAGAAAACAGCUGAUCCUAAACAAGAGAUAACAGAUGCUCUGAAACCAUUCUGCCAGUUCAACACAAGUCAGGAGUUCAAGUCUCUGGUGGAGAACCUCUGCUAUGAGAAGGAUCUGAAACUGAGGAUCAAGGAGAUGAUCAAGUAUAGAGAGAACGGACUCAUGGACUCCCGUCACCUUGUCUCUUUCGAGAAGCUGAGGUUUAAGCGGGAGUUCAAGAAAAGACCGAAAGACCGGAAGAUCGGUGGAAAGGUUGUCCGUCUUCUGCCUAGGCCUGGAGACUACAGUUUACAGGCAAUGUUGGAUGUUGAGUAUGAAACUAACCCCAGUCCGACCAACAACUCCGUGAAGAAGAAGAAGGGAAAGAAGGUUUGGUCCCGGAAAAAGUUGAAGACCGGUAGACGACUGUUACUACAGAUGGGGUGCACACUCACGGCCCCCGCCUCUGAUCCCGGAUCAGAUUAGUUCUUUAUCUUACGCUCGCCGAAAAUUUUUGCAAUUAAUAAUUUAUGUUUUUUUUGAGAAAUGGGAUUGUUUUGUAAUCUUAAAUACUUAAGUACCUGAUUUAAAGCAGAAAAUUUAUCUGAUUUUUUCAGCGAUUAUGCAUCCACACAGAGAUGCAAUCAAGCAUGCACCCUUUUAUGUAACGUUAUUAAUACUUUACAAAAACCUGUUUGAAAUUUUAAAGUAUAGAGCACAUACUUUUAUCUUCUUUGAAGAUUAAUGACACGUGAACACGUUAUUUGUAAAAAAAAGUAACUCCCGUUUUUUAAAAAAAAAUUUCAAAAAGAAAAUAAAUUUGUAGGCAUGCUGAAAUGUAAAUCCUUUUUGUUGUUAUAAUAUGUUCGUAAUCUCGACAAGUUGUCUAAAGCUUUUAAAACAAAAUAUUAAGACAACUUGUUAAAUUAAUAUUGUAUUUUGUAAAAUUUAUUUUCUUCAAAUGUACUGAUGUACAUCAAGUUGAGCAAUUGCGGUACAGUACAUAAUAAUGUACUGAUACCCAUCAGGUUCAUGAAUUGAUGUACAUUGUGCAUGCAAUUGUACAGCGGAGAGAAGUUAAAUUAAUGUGUCAUGUUGUACAACUAGGUUAAUUAUAUACAUGUACAUGUAGCUGUUAAUAUAUCUAGA